AUGACACCAACAAUUCUCCAGGCCGAUGAUACGAAAGUCUCGUCGUCGAUAAGUUCCGUUGACCCCAAUAUACUCCAAAAUAUGGAUCCUGAAUUCAUAUCAUUCUAUGAGGAGGUACUAGCGAAAUCAAAACCAACGCAUGAAGUGCCCAUUGAAGAAGUCCGGGCCAAUCCUUCCAAGUACGCAGCCGUCUGGGCAUAUGACAGUAAAGACGAGCCACGUAUUCAAAAUUAUGAUAUCGAGUCCAAGGAUGGAGCUCUUGUUCCUAUUCGGUGUUACUAUCCAGACCCUGCUAAGUUUGGGCUCGGACCGUACAGCGUUCACAUCAAUUUCCAUGGUGGUGGCUUUGUUUUUGGCAGUUUCCAUGCAGACGCUAAAUUUUGCAUGACGCUACGCGAUCGUCUAAGUCUGGUAGUCGUGGAUGUCAACUAUCGCCAUUGUCCUGAGACAAUAAUGGGGAAAAAUAUUGAAGAUGCAUGGGCUGUCUUGUCCUGGGUUCGUGAUUCAAGUGGAAAGCUAAACAUUAUCAAAUCAUCCGUUUCUCUCGGGGGGAUAUCAGCAGGCGGCUAUCUAAGUUGUAUUCUCCAACAUCUUGCACGAGAUGACAACGUUCCUCUGAAGCUCGUUAUACCAGCGGUACCCCCAGUUACGGACUGUUGUUCCUAUAAGAAGCUCGAAGACUCUCCAUAUGAAUCGUUUCGUCGGUACAGUCGAGCCCCUCUCCUCAAUUGGGCGCGGCUAUCAUAUUUUCAACAGUAUGCCUUCCCAGAUGACAAAGUGGAUGAGAUACGGUCACUUUGGCCAGAAUGGUGGUUAGCACCAAUAAAGGCACCAAAUUUCACCAACCUCUGUGACACGUUCCUCAUUACAGCUGAGAUUGACCCCCUACGUGAUGAAGGAGAGGACUACGGGAAGAAACUUGUUGCAGCAGGUAAUAAAGUUACUUUUAGGAGAUACCUAGGAGUUCCUCAUCCUUUUAUGCACAUGACCGAUUACCUACAAAAGGCAAGAGACUAUGACGAAGACAUCAUAUCGACACUAAAGGCGGCGCAUGGGCUAUAA